UCCAUGACGUUAGCGAAGCAUCAAUUUUGUAAUUAUUGUGAAUUGUAUUAUUUUCGCGCAACGUGAAUUUUAAGUGCAUAAUGCUUCGAAAUUAGGGGUGAAGUACCUAGCCGGUGAGCUGGUGGUAAUAUUUGAGGAGCUAACUGCAAACUACAAACUUUCCGCUUUUACAAACCGCCUCUGCGAAUGUCCGUUUAGCUUUUGAGCGAUAGUAUGAAAAUGGGUAGUAUAACACGCAGCAAGGGGCAAGUGUACAGCGUGGGCAAUUACUUGAUGACCGGGAAAGUGCUGGGCAAGGGACAUUUUGCGCGGGUGGAGGAAGCUACGCACAGAGUUAUAGGGAAAAAGGUGGCAAUCAAAAUAAUAGAUCUGACGUGCAUCAAGGAGGAGUAUGCACGCCGAAACCUGCACAGGGAGCCGCGGGUAAUGGCGAAGCUGCGACACCCUUGUAUCGCAGCGCUGUACGAAACUAUGAUGCACGGGCCGCGGCUGUACGUGGUGAUGGAGGCGGCGGGCGGCGGCGACCUUUGCUCGCACGUGCUACAGGCGCGCGGCUCGGCACGUGGCCUGCCCGAGCCACGCGCACGCGCGCUGGCCGCGCAACUCGUUUCCGCCGUGCGACACAUGCAUUGCCGGGGCGUCGUGCACAGGGACCUGAAGAUGGAAAACAUUAUGCUGGAUAGUACAAAACAAUUCAUCAAAAUUGUUGAUUUCGGCUUGUCGAACGUGUGGAGUGCGGGCGGCGCUCUGCGCACGCCGUGCGGUUCGCUGGAGUACGCGGCGCCCGAGCUUUUCGUGGACGGCCGCCGGUACGGGCCCGAGGUCGAUCUGUGGAGCAUAGGCGUGAUUGUGUACGGCAUGGUGACGGGCGGGUUGCCGUUCGCGGGGCAGGGCGUGGCGGGUGCGGCGGGCGCGGGGGGAGCGGGCGAGGGCGCGUCGCGGCCACAGUUGCGCGCCGCCAUCGCUCGCGGCUUCACGCGCAAGCAGCGAUUCGCGCUCGCGUCUCACUCGGCGGAAUGCAAGACAUUCAUCCAGCAGCUGUUGGAGCCUAAAGUGGAGCUUCGCAUGAAGAUCGAGGAUGCGGCGCUACACCGCUGGAUCAAACGCCCCGGCAUGAAGAUGAAGACACACCCACUUGUCGCCCUAGAUCCCAAGACCAACAGAGAGAUAUACAGAGAACUGUCGGAGCGUUGUGGCCAGCCGGUGAUGGACGUGGUGGCCCACAUCAAGGCGGACCCCUUCGGCUCAGUGGCCGGCAUGUACAACAUCAAGAGCCACCUGCACCAGUUGCAAGCGUCCUCCGGCGCCGAGCUGCUGUGGUCCAGCGCGCUCGAGCCACGCCCGCUCACCCCGCCGGCAUACCGCGCCAAGUACGAGGAGGACGCCUCCACCAGUAGCAGAGUAAGCAUCCCAGCCGCAAGUCACCACAGCUACAUCUCGGCGCGGAUAAGGCAGAACGACGGGAUACCGGAGCCCACCAAGCCAACGAUACCCAAAAUGAUAGUCACGCAGAAAAUCGACACGCAGUCGAUACAGCAGCGGUACAUCCCACUGCAGAACACUGAAGCUAAGAGCGUACUGAGUGACAGCACGCUGAAAAGUCCGAGGGUCCCUCCGAGCAGACCCUUGAGCGUAUACGGUUUAAGCAAACCAGUUUUUAAGGUUUACGACAAUGGAGACUGCCUAGACCCCAGGCUUCCCAGUAUUGACGAACAUUCCAACUCGGAAGUGACUGACGCUAAGCGGCGAAGUAAGCUAGUGAGGAAAGCGAACGUGGACGAACCACUUAAGAACAGCUGCCACAACAGGCCGGUGGAGGCGAGGCGUGAGAAUUAUAGGAGGGCCGGAGAUGGUAUACCGAGUUGGCGUACCGGAGUGUCUGCCACAACGUCUGCCCGUAUUCUGCUACAAAGCAACGCGACUACAAUAAAGCGAGCUUCUUUGGGUAACAUCGCGAGUCCUCAUUCCUCAUCGAACAGUCAUUGCAAGAGUGAAAGGGCGAUGCCGGUCGGAUGGUACACCACCAGAUCUACCCGCGAGGUGCACUUGCAAAGGAUGCGGCGGACGCCGUUGAAAUGAUCAUCAUCAACUUUCACAACUAAAUAUAACCAUUUUCGAAGAGCUUAUUUUUUUUAAGUAUAUACAUGUUUAAAUUCUUUGAGCCCACUUGUUAAUUUUAAGCGAAUAAAAUUAUUCCACUGAAUUGCCCGAGGCUCAUUUGUCGACUGUUUUGUUAUCAUAAUAUUACUAUUAUUUUUUUACAAAAUAUCAUCAAGUUAUUUACGAAUCUUUUUAUAUCGCAUGAAAGUACUGAAGAACAUGUAAUACAA